GUUUCUUGCCUUGACUCACCUCAGAUAACAACAAAGCUGAACUUCAGACUGUCGCGCCUAUCUACGGUUGCCUCGCAAUGCCUCCACCACAUCUGUUAACGCUUGCCGACCUCUCAGUGCCACAAAUCCGUCGUCUCAUCUCCCACUCGCACUAUCAGAAACACCUUGCGCUCCCUUGGUUAGCACCCCAUGAAAAAGGAAAAAACAAUGCUUCUCGGAACCUCCGUCUACCAAGUCAGAGUCUCUUCAGCAAGACUGUCGCGAUGAUGUUCUCAAAACGGAGCACGCGAACGCGGGUCGCGGCUGAGACAAGCGCGGCCAUGCUCGGCGGGAAGGCGUUGUUCUUGGGGAAGGAUGAUAUUCAAAUUAGCUGGAAUAAGGGAGAAGGUGGAGGAGAAAGUGUAAGGGACUCUGCGCGAGUUAUCGGGGGAAUGUGCCAGGGCAUCUUCGCGCGUGUUGGCGGACACCACGAAGUUGAGGAACUCGCAAAAUACUCCCCGGUUCCCGUGAUUAAUGCCCUCUCUGACCUAUGGCAUCCCACCCAAGUAUUGGCCGACCUGCUAACACUACACGAACAUGCUCACCUUUUUACCCCCGAAUCCCUCGCAGAAAAGCCCAUGCCGACACCCGAACCAGUUUCUGAACACAAAGAGAAGGAACCCGAACCCGAACCAUCGACUGAGUCUGAUAAGAAAACCAAAUAUACCAAGAGCAAGAAGGCGAAAAAGUUUGGGGGCCCCUUGCCAGAACUCCCUUCUUUGACCAUUGCCUAUGUUGGCGACUCGGCGAACAUCCUUCACGAUAUGCUUGUCACGUACCCGAGGUUGGGGCAUAAUAUGCGCGUCGCUAGUCCUGUGGGGUAUGGCGCCCCCAAACCCGUGGUGUCCAAGGUCAGGGAACUUGGAAUUCGGUUGGAAGGGUCGACAUUUGGACAAAUAACGGAGCAAAAAAGCGAGCAUGGGUUUGGCAAUAUAUUAUGGUUCGAAGACCCGAAGGAUGCGGUGAAAAGCGCAGAUGUCGUUGUUACUGACACCUGGAUUUCAAUGGGCCAAGAAUCUACCAAGACACAGCGUCUGAAGGACUUCACUGGCUAUCAAGUGACUGAGGCGAUGUGCGAGGAUGGCGGAGCCAAAGCUGGGUGGCGGUUCUUGCAUUGUUUGCCGAGGAAAGGCGAUGAGGUUGACGAUGAGGUUUUCUAUGGUCCCCGUUCACUCGUUUUCCCUGUGGCGGAUAACAGGAAAUGGACAACUAUGGCCGUAUUUGAUUUGUGGAUUGGGCGAUGGGACACCAGUGCAGAAGAAUAAAGAGUUGAAAUGUUCAGUUGCGCCUACUGUAUACAUAGAGAAAAGGUCUCAAUUUUCCUAUUAUACUAAUCAAUGACCUUGAAAAAAAGUCAAUGCUUGUGGUUCAGAGGAGUUUACUUGAGUUUUAAGUACCUUCUUUGUCGCCCUGCCAAUUUCAUUUG